UAAACCAAUAAAAACCAAAGAAAUCGCUAAGUUAUUCCAAAAUUCUAAAAAGCAGGCCUUAGGGAGAGAAAUAAAGAAAAUUGAAAAAGAAAUAAAUCAAUCGCUUACUGAUGAAUUAAAAGAAUUAGUGAGUGAUUUUAUUCAGGCUAGAAAACAAAUGGUAAAAAACGAAAACUAUGAGGAGGCAAAAGGUAAAGCACUAGAAUUAGAAGACCAGUUAUUGGAUGAGAAAGGCCUUGAAGAAGAAAAUAUAGAAAAAAUUAUUAAAGAAAAAAUAAUAAGAGUUAGAGAUGAGAAUAAUUUUAAAGGACAAUUAGUUAUUGAAGAAUAUUCAAAAUUAGAAAAGUUAUACUUACGAAGCAUUAAGAGUGUGGAUAAAAUAAUUCUCAAAAACUUAAUUCAACUGCAAGAAUGUACCAUUUUAGACUGUGAUACAAAAGAGUUAAUUGUUGAAAAUUGUUCGCAGAUAAAGAAAUUAAAUAUUGAGAACAACAUUUUAACUAAUUUAGGUUUUAUAAAGGAUUUAGAAAGUUUAGAAGAACUGAAAAUGAAUGGUAAUACUGAACUGAUUGAGAUUUUAGCACCCUACUAUGGCGAAAAUGAAAAAAAUAAGUGGUUAGAAGAAAAUCAACCAUUAACUAUCGAUAAUCCAAUAGACUUUGAAAAAAAAUACCAAAAACUCAAAGAGACUUUAAAUUCCCUUUUAGAGAAGGAACAAAUAAAAACUGAAGAAUUAAUUAAGUUAGAAAAACAAACUAAGGAAAUAAACUUAGAAGAAAAAGAAGAACAAAAUGAUAUUGUCACUAGUGAUUUAUUUAAAAAACUAAAAGAAGACAAAAAUAAUUUAUCUAAACUAAGAAAAACAAAUCAGGAAUUAGAAAAAAAACUUUCUUUUUUUGAACAAACCCGCCGAGCAAAAAAACAAGAAAUUGAGCAAAAAGAAAAAGAAUUAGAAGAAUUAAAAACUACUGUCGGAGAUAAAUUAGAUGAUAAGGAGAAGGAAGUUCUUAAAAAAUUAUUAGAAAUUCAAGACGACUUUAUAAAAAGUAACAGUUCAUUAGUUUCAGAAAUCACCCAAUUAAAUCUAGAAACACAAAAGAGUCUUAAUCAAACUAGCCAAUUUUUCAAUAUUAAAAUAAAAGACAGUUCUGGUAUUAAUUUCGGCAAUGUUUAUGGUUCUCAUGCUUCGGGGGUUAAUGUUAACAAUAUUGGUAAAGAAAAUAUUGCUCAGAUGGAGGGGGUCGCUACUAGCCUUAGCCAAGAAGAAAAAGAAUUAGCAGAGAAACCAAUUAAAAGCGAAAAAGGAAAAAAAACUGAAUUUCCUCUAAUUCAAGAACAACAAACAGAAAAAACAGAAGAAAACAAGCAAAUUUUUCCUUAUACUAUUCAAAAUAUUACUUUGUCAAGCCACACGGUUGCACUGAACAGCGAACAUCCAGCAGCAAAACUGUACAAUAAUUUUUAUACUCUCGACCUACCGGCUCUCUCACGAGAUUAUAAAAAUGUAAUAAAAUUUACUAAAAAUUUAUCUCUUAACAACAAUCCUGACGAUUAUCUUAAACCUUAUGAUAUUGUUAAAGUAAAUAGAAAAGGCGGGACUUAUCAGCAUGCUGCGAUUUAUUUAGGAAAUGCAAAAGAAAUAGAAAUUCAUCACCCUUUUAUUCCUUUCAAAAAACCUGAGUUAAUUCAAAAACAUAUUGAGAUAGCAAUAAAGGCUGAAUAUGGUAUUUGUCGACAAAAGAAUAUUAAUACUAUUAGCAAAGCGACAAAGAGUUCUGAUUAUUUACUACAAGCCAUCCAAGAAACUAAUCAAUUUUUUGAACAACUAGAAAAAGAUCAAUUACAGCAGGAAGCUUGGGUAGAGAUUCCUUCGAA